AUGCUCGCCCCCCGCCUGUUGCGGCCGGCAUCUUCGCUGGUUCGCCCCUUCAGUUCCACUGCCACUGCCUCCCGCGCCCCCUCUAUCCGUGACAUCACCCCCGACUCGGCUGUUGAGUUUAACGCACGUCAGAAGGAGUUCCGCGAGAACCUGGAGGUUGCUCGCAAGAAGAGAGAACAGCAAGAGAGUCAGUCUGUCGAUGCUUCUGGUUCUACCUCUGCCCCAUCCCCUGCAUCCCGUGACCGCCUUCGAGACGAGCAGCUGCAGGAAGCCAGUCAGUCUCCGAAGCGCGGCCCCCUGUCGUCGCUCAUCUACGGAACCAAGGAAGGCCAGCAGCUGGACAGAGAUAUCGAACGGUCAUUCUCGCAGGUUCUCGCCCGUGGAAAAUACGUACAUUCCAUCGUCUUUCACGACGUGAAGCCCGAUAAAGUUGACGACUAUGUGAACCUCGUCGGCCAGUGGUACCCUCGCAUGGCUGCCGACCCCGAGAACCGGGUAAAUUUGGUUGGCAGCUGGCGCACGCAGGUUGGAGAUAAUGACACUUUUGUUCACAUCUGGGAAUAUCAGCGAUAUGAAGGCUACCAUGCUUCCCUUCACAACAUCUCCUGUCACCCCGAAUUCCCCGAAUUUGACCGGCAGUUGAAGGGCUUGAUCAAGAGCAAGAAAACGUCGCUGAUGCAGGAAUUCUCUUUCUGGCCCACGACGCCUCCGCGGCGCCUGGGCGGCCUCUUUGAGCUCCGAUCAUAUACCCUUCAUCCCGGGAAUCUUCUGGAGUGGGAAACACACUGGCGUCGUGGCCUCAAGGCUCGCCGGGAGGUGAUGGAGGGUGUUGGAGCGUGGUUUGUUCAGAUCGGGGACCUGAACACCGUGCACCAUCUCUGGCAGUUUGCGAAUCUCGAAGAGCGGAAAGUCCGCCGGGAACAAUCCUGGGGUAUCGAAGGCUGGGCGGAAACUGUCCACAAGACGGUGCCACUCAUCCAGACUAUGCAGAGUCGGAUCCUGAUCCCCAUGCCCUGGAGUCCUGUUGGCUAA